GACGCUAAAAAAUGAAAAGCAAUCGAAUAUCCUCUUGUAUGAAAUUUUUUAUCACCCGGUAUAAUAAGUUGAAAAUUGAAACGACAAAAGUCAUGAUGGACAAGUCAAAAUGACACAUGACUACCUCACGUUAAUUAAUACAUGGGCGUACCUAAUGUUACUUUUACUUGGAGAUCGAUAAAAGUUCUUCGAGCGAUCAUAUCUACGAUGAGCAUGAUCGGUUUGAUUAUAGUGCUUGCUGCAAUAAUAUGGGCAAUAAAACUUAGACGAGACGUCGGCGAUUAUCUUAAUCUCGCAGUACCAGAUCACGACGAGCAGGUGAUGGACACCUCUGGCCAACUGUGAUAGUCGUCGCAGCUAUACCCUGUGCUCCUGUUUAUAUACUUGGACUGAAGGCUUACCUUUGUCUUCCUCUUGCCACGUCAAAAUCUAAAUUCGAAGAGAACAACAGGAACGAAUCCAAUGACGAGGAAAAUUCAGAGGAUUCAGACAUUCUAGAUUCUGACGACGAUGAGGAUAACAAAAACAAUGGACACGAAGCCAAUCGUAUAUUAUUCUUACACGCAGUCCUCUGUUUGAUAUCUGGAUGUCUCGUUGCUGCCAUCAACGUUGCCUGUUUUCUAAGAUCCAGUACCUUUCAACAAAAGAUCCGUGAUGAUAGUAUGAUCGAAGCUAUGGAAAAUUAUGCGAACGACGAUGGAGUUAGAUCAUGCGUCGAUGCCGUUCAAAUGGAAUUACAAUGUUGUGGAAGCGAAGAUUAUCGUGAUUGGUUCCGUGUCAAUUGGGUUAAAGAAUCAAUGGAAUAUUUUGAUUAUGAGGAUUAUAAACGUCAGCAGGAGGGGCAGUGGAUCGCCGAAAAACUAUGAAGACCAGAUAACGACCAUCAAAGAUGUACCAUUUUCUUGCUGUACCAACAAAAUCGUAAAAUCCUGUGGACAUCGAGAAAUCCUUCAAGCUAGUCAAGUUUGUAAUUUUGAUCAAAAUAAUGAAGAAACCAUUUGGAACGUUGGAUGUCGUUCAAUUAUCAUAACGCAUGCAAGAGUUAUCGGAUUCUUUUUAAUAUUUUUUUUAUUAUUUCUCUCGCUUUAUCAGUUUAUACUAAGCGCACUGUCACGUUUAGUACAAACUGCAUACAGCAAUGAAUUUUAUAUCGGCUCAGAGAAGAUCUAUUAUCGCGCUUGGAUAUUUAGUAGUAUAUCGAGUUCUCAUUCAAAAUGUCAUGCAAAUUUAUCGCAAGGAUCUGACGAAGAAACCCUAGAAACGCAAUCUCUCGUGAAAGAAACAUUGGAAUCGCCAAACUUUCGUUCUGAGCACAAAGUUAAUCAUUCAGGCGAAUGGAAACGCCAACAGGAACACGAAUUUGUAUUGACCCCGCGUGGAUCGGUACAGCUGAUACAGAUCGAUCGUCUUCGAAAAGCCAAAUCCAGUCCAGUUUUAUCGAAAAAUGGUACGAUCGAUGGAAACCAAAAGAAAAGUAAAAUAAAGAUGUAUCGUUAUUUGCCACUUUCAACCGAGGAACAUGAUGAAGAAAGAUCGCUGGAUGAUAAUAAAAUUUUCAUUGAAAAAAAUGAAAGACCUAUAAAAGCGAAUUUGAAAUCACGAGAAAAAUCGACGACCAGGACACCAAACGUAAUACUUGCACCUAUACCACCCCCAUUUCCUCCUCAAUCCGAGGAAUAUAAAGAGAAACGGAAUUUUCAUGAAAAAUCUAACAAAAAUGAAGAAUUUUUAAGCACGAAGCUUCGUUCUACGUUUCUUCGUUUCUCCACUACCGAUAAUACGAGAAAUAAAGUAGAUAAGGAGUUGACUUCGAAACCGAGCAAAUUAGAUCGAAAAAAAUUGUUGGAAAAGUUCGAAAGAAUUUUGAAUACCGAGGAAAGAAAUCGUAGAGAAUCCGGUGGAGCUGAUAUUCCAAGAUCUUGGGAACAGCUUGUCAAACGAAGCAUCAAUUCUACCGAAAAAAAAAUUCACGAAGAUCGAAUAAUUCAAAGUCCAAGAUUAAGUGAAAAGAGUAACGUUCUAUCAAGAUUUAAUCCAACCGACGCCUACGAUCGAUUUCGUGGGACAUUACAGGACACUUUAUCAAGACGAGAGAAUCCCAAUUCCCAAUUUAAUAAGGUUAAACGAUUCACGAGAUCUGGAAUAUGUGCCUGCUGUGCAAAACGUAAUAGAAACUUUAGCAGACCCUCAAAAUGCAAAGUUCAACAGACGUCAUACGGUUAUUCUAUUGAUCCAGAAGAUUUUAGGAUUGCUCAACGAAGAAACUUACUCCCAGAUAUUCCUUGUCCACCAACUCCACCGCCACCAGUAUCAUUAGCACCGCCAUUACCUCCAGCAACUCCACCUUUGCAUUCUCAUAUGUCACCUUGUUAUCCAAGACCAACUUUGAUCAGACAACAGCAACGAGAACAACGAAGACAACAGCAAUUCCAUCCAUGGAAUUUUCGAAGGAAUUUUAAUUGUAACCAUCAACAACCACCGUGGACCUUACCUACCUCAUUCGCACGUCCCUCAAACUUUAACGCAAAUUCGAUUAACAAUUGCAUACAUUGUCAAGGACGAAAUUUUCCCACGGCCAACAAGGGAUACACGCCAUUCAAGAACGAUACGUUUAGAAAGUAUCGUCGUUUUAUGGAUUGAAUUAGAAUUAUGAAUCCGAUGAAAGAUUCUUUUCAUUUUUUCCUUUAUUAUCUUCUUUCUUAUUAUCUUUUUGUGGAUGGUCUUUUUUUUUUGUUUUUUUUUUUGUUUUUAUUAGAUUUUUAGGAAACAGAUCGAAGAAAGGUAUAUAAUGUAUUCAGAAGAUAAAAGGUAUAGCGGCAACAUACAAUAUUCUGUUUAUUUGCCGAGAAGUAAAAUACACAGGCAUUUAUUAUAUUAUAAUAAUAAUAAGAAGAAUAAGAAUAAGAAUAAUAAUAAUAAUAAUAAUGAUGAUAAUAAUAAUGUCGAUACUGCCGAAGAAUUCUUCUUAUUACCACGAUCUCUGAAAUACAUCUAGCAACGUAUUGGUACUAAAAAGAGAUAAGCUUAAAUUUAAUGGUAUAUCUCGAUUAUUUAAAUAUCCACGCGUGUACGCGUAUACGUGUUGUGUGUAUGUGCAAUUUACACACGUACACGGAUAGGCACGAGCACACACUCAUUCAUCAUCCUUCGCUCUCGAGAAACCAAUCGAUCGAUCAUUCUUGCUUCUUCUCUCUCUCUCUCUCUCUCUCUCUCUCUCUCUCUCUCUCUCUCUUUCUCUUUCUCUUUCUCUCUCUUUCUCUAUGUCAUUCGUUUCCUCGUUCUCUCCUAUUCAUAGACUAACAUAAUGUCUUUCGCCUCACCUUGCAACAUUUUUGCAAUGGUGGUCCCAAUAAAUCGAUCUCGAAUUGAGCAUGCACUCGCAAUGAGAUCUCAAAAUAACGUGGAAUUUUCUUUGUCGAUUGUUCUUAUCAAUUUUACGAUACUUGUCUUUCCAUUUCCUUUUCCUUUUCUUUUUCCUUUUGCGAAAGUAAAAGAGUAUACCUCGUUCGAAAUUUAAAGUGGAACGAAAAUAAAGAGAGAUCUCAAGGGAGAAAAAAGGGGAGAAAAAAGAAAGAGAGGAAGAAAAGAAAAAAAGGAAAAAAAAGAAACGGUAACACGCUUAAUUUCCAUUCACAGAGUUGAAAAUCCAAAAGAGAAAGAAAGAGAGAAUAGUUAACGAACGCGAACCUGAAAACUGGGCCAAAUUCAACAUCGCGAGAUAACAGAAAGAAAAAAAAAAAGAUAAUGAAAUAUACUCGUCUAUUUUCAAACUGACUUAAGUCUCUCUCUCUCUUUCUCUUUUUUUUUUCAUUUUAAUCCGUUUUGUCAAGCCCGAAACUAACCGAAUAUAUAUGUAUACAUACGUAUGUAUAUAUAUACGUAUAUAUGUACAUAUUUGCAAUAUUCCACGUGCAUUGGAUCUCAUCACGAAAGAUAAGAGCUAUCAUUUUUAUCAUUUAUUUCUCUCUCUCUUUCUCUUUCUCUUUCUCUCUCUCUCUCUCUCUCUCUCUGUCUCUCUCUGUCUCUCUCUUUCGCGCUCUUGCAAAAUUCGUUGAAGUGUAUCGUUAAUUAGGAGGCAACCUAAUUCGGACAAAUUGCAAAACGAUGUGUGAUGGUUCGACUCGAGAGAGUAACAUUAAUCUUCGUAUUUGUAUUCGGUUUGUUUUCUUUUUUUUUUCCUUUUCUUUUUUAUUUUUUAUUAUUAUUUUUUUUUUCAUUACAUUUUUUUAUCUUUUAUUUUACAAUCGCACUUCGUUCGACCUACUAUUAAUAUAGGUUACCAAAAAGUCGGCACAUAACAUUCAUUCUGAUCAUUUCGAUACAAAGACAGUGAUCUCUCUCGAGUAACCAUAGCUCUUUAUCACUCUCUAUCACUCUCUUUUUCUUUCUCUCUCUCUCUCUCUCUCUCUCUCUCUCUCUCUCUCUCUCUCUCUCUCCCUCUCUCUUCAUUGACCUCAUUUUACCCUCCAUUCAUCCUCUCUCGUGAACUCUUCACUCUCCUCUUUCAUUUCGUUCUCUCAUUCGUUCCUCUCCUAACACACACACACACAUAUACAUAAACAUUCUCUCUUUUUCUAUCCUCUCUCUCUCUCUCUCUCUCUCUCUCUCUCUCUCUCUCUCUCUCUCUCUCUCUCUCUCUCUUUCUCUCUCUCUCUCUCUCUCUUUCUUUUUUUCUCUGAAUCUAACUCCUCUAUCAUUCUCUAUCUACUCCUUUACUAAUGUCUACCUGCGUUUUAUCUAUACAUUUGUGAAUAGGUAUUUAAAAGUACGCGUUUUAAAGAACGCAUUUAUAAUCACGUUAGUUCUCGCUAUAUAAUAUAUAAUAUAUUUAUUCGCCUAUCAUCGAGUUGUGAGAUGGAUGUCCCGAAAAUAGCGAACGCAAGGUAUUUUUUUCAAUUUUGUUUUUGUUUUAAUUAUGUAUGUCUGUAUAUAUGUAUAUAUAUAUGUAUAUGCAUAUAUGUGUAUGUAUAUGUAUUGAUUUUUUUUUUAUGUGUCUUCUUUGUUAACUUUUUUUUUCUUUUUUUUUGUUCUUUUUCCGUUUUUUGUUUGUUUUUUUUUUCUUCUGUUUUCUUAAUCUCUCGUUUAUAGGAGAUGAUAAAGAUUUUAUAACGACGAAGUUAAUGGUACAAUAUAAUCGUAUAAUAGAUAAUCAAUAAUCAUAAUAAUAAUAUUGCUCGAUCCCAUAUUUUUAUUUUUUUAUCGCUUUUAUAUCUCACUUUUUUUAUAUUAAUCCAUUAUUUUUUAAGUUCUCAUCACGUUCUUCGUUUUAAUUACACGGUAUCAACGACAUUAACCGACGCUUUUGAAUACAUAAUAACGAUUCUCUAUAAUUCAGGAGAGAGCUAAAAAGGGUCUCAGGAGAAAAAGGGACUCUUCACCGUAUUAUUUGUUUCUUUUUUCUUUUCAUUUUCGUUUUUUUUUUUUUUUCAAAUCGCGCCCUCUCCAUCUACGUACGUACGUGCGUGUAUCUUAUGUAUUACAUAAUUACAUAUACAAGCAAGUACAAUACACACAUUACUCACGCACACGUAUAAAUAUAUUUUUAUAGUCAUAUGCAUAUAUGUAUAGAUAUUUAUAUAUGUAUGUAUAUACAUAUGUAUAUACAUAUGUAUAUACAUAUAUAUAUAUAAUAUAUAUACACAUAACAAUACUUUUCAUCAUCGACUUCGUCAUCGUCAUCGUUAUCUCUAUACCUCCUUCACCUAUCGCUUUUUUCUUUUUUUUUUUUUUUUUUUUUUUUUUUAAUACUCGAUUAACAUAAGUCAGAAUAAUAUUUGCUCCCUCUUUCUCUAUCUCUUUCUUUAUCUCUCCCGACGUACGCAGUAUAACGAGAUAUAUACCUCUAACGAUCCUCGAGUCGUUCCUCUUUCCCUUCCGAUUUCAAUUUUUCUUCAGAACAGGCGUACACACACGCGCGUACA